AUGCAAAGCGGUAAGAGCGUCAGAAAACCAACAGAAAGCAGGCACUUGAGGAACUCCUCAAAGAAGGAAGAAGGCGAAAAUGGAAGGGAACAAAAAAGGAAUGAAAAUUGGAGGGGGAAUAAUAACCAUAUGUCGAAUGUGAAAAGGGAAGGAGGAACUUCCCACUCGACCGGUGACAGCAAGGCACAUGAAGAACAACAAAAAAAAGGAACUGGUCAUAAUUCAGGUUACACAAAAAGUGAAAAGAAUAAAAAAGGAAACGCAAAUGAAGAUGGAAAUCAUAUGAACAUGAAGGAAAAAAACACAUCCAACAGCUUGCCUAGGGUGGCAGCAGCAGUUGGUCACGGCAAGGGCGCCACCAAGGAUGAAGCUAAUUUAGGAAAAAAAAACACAGUUAAAUGGGAAGAUGAACGAAAUGACAAUUUAAAAAGAGGCCAUAAGAGAACAAUGGAUGCUAAUGACCAAACCAAGGAACAAUCACUAAAUUGUAAAAAACAAAAAUGUGAAAACUCAACAACAGUUCAGUGUGAAUUAAGUCUAUAUGAUGAAUUCAGAAAUUCUAUUCAAGGUAAUAACAAAAAUUUUGUACAAUCUUAUAUGAAGAAAAUCAAGAGCAAUUUCUUUUCCUACUGGAAUGAAUGCGAAUAUCAACUCAAGGAGCUACGAAAAAGAUACUUGGAGAAUGAAAAAUUAAUCAAAGAAAUUGUCCAGGAGAAUAACCUCUUGAUGAAUGGCGUGGACAAGUUCUCUAAUAACUUAACGGAAGCAGUAAAAGGGGAAGAAGCGAACAGCGACCAACAAACCGCAAAGGAAAACGCCUCCAUUGUAGAACAUUCUACCGAAAAUUAUACCCCAUUAGAGGGAACCAAGAUGGAGAAAAAAAGACAAAUAUUAAACAACAUUAUAAAUAUAAAAAUGAUUUACAGAAUGAUCGAAAUGUACCUUUUCACCAUGAGACAAUUCUCCUAUUUAUUGAAGGAAAAUAAUAAUUUCAUUUCUCUAAUUGUGGACGAAGAAAAUGUAGAAAAAAAUAAUUACGAACGAAUCAUUCGAAAUUUUUUAAACUUUGAAGCUAAGAAUUAUGAAAAUAUUAAAAAGUUUGCUUUAAAAAAUAAAAUGUUGUCUAUGAAUAAUUUUUUUAAAAACACCCUGAAAGGCAAUAAUUACUCAAAGGAUGAAAUGUCCCAUUUUUACACCUUGAAAUGUUUGGAGGAAGAAAUUUCAGAGCGGACAAAUGCAAAAGAAAACUUACGAUUAUUAAUGGUAAAAAAGAAAGAGUGCAAAGAAGAAUAUGAAAAACAUGAUCAACGAAAAACCACCUCCUUCAACAAAUUAUCCCUCUUCACCACUAGCAUCAAAAGUUUUAUUGAUAAGUAUUACACCUUGGAUUUCCCACAAACGAAAUAUUUAUCAUCGGUUUAUUUUAAAAUGAUGCAUGGCCAAAUGGAGAUGAAUUCCAAUAACGUUUCACUUUUGAAUAAUAAAAGGCCGUUCAAUUUUCUCUUUAGCUUUAAGGAGCAGGGCGGAGGCAGCAACGGCGGCAACAACAACAACAGUCGCGGCAGCAAUAGCGAAGGAGGCAUCCACGACGCUUACACUCACGUCUACAACUAUAUGAAAUAUGACCUUAUUACUCAAACUCGGAAAAACGCAAAAAAUUCCGAGCACCCCCCUCAUCAAGAGGAUGUCCACGAGGAAUCUGUAACAAUAAAUAUGCACACAAAAGACAACUUUGAUAUUUCUAUUUUGCCCGAUUUAACUUAUUUGAAAUAUUUGCAAAUACAAAUUGAAAUUUUUUACCUUCUCAAGCCAGAUUGUCUAGUGGCUAAAACAACUCCCGUUCAAUUCUUAGGGCUCAAUGGGGGUCGUAGCCUACUUUCAGAUAUAUACAGUAACGAGGAUCACAUCCUUUUCUUCUCCGAGGACGAAGAAUCUUUUUACAAUUUUAAGUAUGGCUUUCCCUUCUUUUGGCUGAAUGCCAUGGGGGGCAAGGCGUGCGGACCCAGCGCAGACGGCUACGCGCCUGGAGGGGGAAGCAGCGGAAAUGCGCCCAGAGAACGCCCCACGAACGGACAGCUGGACAAAAAUAAGCUGUCAGAAAUUUACCAGUGGCAUCUGGGAAGGACCCUAGACGUGUCCGUUUUUUUCUCCAAAAUAUUUACAAGAGCGCUAUUUAGGAUAUGGGACGUCUGGCAAGUUAACCACUACAAGUCCUACCCCAAUGUGUUCCCCCCAUUUACCCAUGAAAAACAUCUCGAAGCGUUAAAAAAAAUCCAGUCGAGCUCGUUGCAGCAAGUAUCAUACUUUGACAUUAUAACCGAGGAGGCCUAUUUGAAGGAGGAAAAGGAAAACACGGAGGAACGCACCAACGAUAACCUUUACGCGUGCUGCUCCAUUCAGUUAUACGAGCCCUACGUGAUCAAGUCGUACAUUAGUGUCCCUUUCAACGGAAAGGAACCGUACUUUAGCGUAUUCUUAACGAAAAAGAAAACACAAAAGCGGUUAAAGAAACUGCAAGACUACUUAAACACGACGCUCGUAAAUAAGCACUCCAAGGUUGAGGAUACCCAAAGGCAAAUCAUAUUAACCUUACAGCUGGCAAAAUUGAGGGAGGGAGCACAUAAGUAUUACAAGUCGUUUAGCAAAAGUUCGACACCUAUAUUUGAUGAGGAAAUAAGUUGA